AUGGAAAACCCAACUUUUAGUGAUAAAAUCGAGUCCUACUUUUCGGAGUUAAGGCGAUGGCUAGUAUGGCGAAGCAUACUCUUGGGCCAAGUAAUAUCAUUACUUCUGAGUGGAAAAUGUAUACUUACUACAUUGCUGCAAAGUGCUACAUGGCAAUUUCCUACAACUGCACAAUUGGUGGUCCCGUACUUAGCGCUCUUUAUAUUAUUCACUCCAUCAUUACUGUGUAAUGGGCUAGAAAAGCUGUCCAAAAGGUGGUGGGUGGUGAUCAUUGCAUGCACAUUAGAUGUCGAAGCCGGUUGGCUGCUAGUCAUGUCACAGAGAUUCACAUCAGUGUUGAGCUGA